GCAUCACGCAGCAUUUCCAACAACCAUCCUCAGCUCAAUAUCUAAUCUGAUAUCUCGUCCUUCUCGGCACAAAAAUAUCCCCUUUGUCCAGAAUUCUCAGCUGUGCCGAUGGCCUUCAGCUCUGACAAAUACACACGCUUUCAUUGGCCAACGAGUGGAGAACAACGACCUUGGGUCGUAUGAUAUCAGCGAGCCAACGCGCUCGCGCGCUCAGCCUCAAUGCAGAUGCCUGCAAGGACAAGAACAGCACACGCAAGCUUUGCUCGGCAGGGGCUUCGAUCGCCACGGCAAUGUGGUACUUAUAAGCUCCUUGCCGCCGUCAACAUGCAGCUUGGGAUUCCCUUUCCCAUAUAGAACCCUCAAUUGCAGAGAGCGUUGUUCGGGUGUUCAACAAUUAACGGGUUUUUCCUGGUCACCAACAUGAAGAUGCUCACGAGACUUGUUGCAUAUUCUGGACUCCUGUCGUCAUUCGCGGCCUAUUCUUUCGCCAAACAGGCACAAUUCUACGAGAAAUCAGAGAACUUUGGGUUUGCCAUAUCUUCUACCGGCAAUAAUGGCAACGCCGCCGCCGAGGAGUUCAACAUGCAGAUCUCGGCGCCCACGUCCUACGGCUGGGCCGCAGUAGGCACCGGCGACCGGAUGCACGACUCCCUCAUGUUCAUUAUAUAUCCUUCUGGCCAAGGCAAUGGCGUCACGCUUAGCGUGAGAACCUCGAGUGGCCACGACACGCCGGAGCCCGUGUCUGGUGUCAAUGCAACCGUGCUCAACUCCGAGGUCGAGAACGGAAAGAUGACAGCAACUAUACAGUGGUACCAGAGCUCAAGCCACAAGUUCAACAAAGUCGAUGUGACAAGAACGAAGCAAUCAUGGAUAUGGGCGGUUGGGCCGAAUGAGCAAGUCCAGUCGAACUCCAUCGAUGCAGAAAUCGACCAACAUUCACAUUAUGGCGUUUUCUUUGUCGACAUGACCGCGACACAGAACGCAGUCGCCACCGUCCCAAGCAUAUCAGGCACGUCCAGUGUCUCGGCAGAAGGUCAGCCCGACUACUACCACGGCCUCGUCUACGCACACGCAAUCCUCCUGGGCGUUGCAUUCGUCAUUGUGUUCCCCGUGGGCGUCCUCGGGCUGCGGUGGCGAUGGUCGAUCGCUUUCAAGGUGCACUGGAUGCUCCAACUCUUCGCGACGGUCGGGGCAUACCUUGGCCUGGCGGUAGCGAUCGCCCUGAGCAUCACCGGGGUCGAAUACUCGGCGUUUGACGAGACCCAUCAGAUCCUGGGGAUUUGCGUCGUCGCCGUCCUCUCCUUCCAGGUCGUCAUGGGCUAUAUCCACCACCUCAACUACAAGAAGGUCGGCCGCCGCACGGUCCCCUCGCAUUUCCACAUCUGGCUUGGCCGCGUUCUCAUCUACGCGGGCAUGGUCAAUGCCAUCCUGGGUGCCUUGCUCAGCGACGACACCGGCAUUGCUAUCGCCGUCGGCAUCGUCUCGGCCGUGCUGGCCCUCGGUCUCGAGUUCAUGGCCUUCCGCCACCGCCGACAGUACAGCCGAGUAGGAGACUCGUCGAAGAAUUCGUCCAACAUCGCGCUCAACAGCUUUCAAGAAUAAACAUAGGACGAAGAGGCUGCUGUUGUGGAUAAACACGAGACUCAGAAACAAGAAAAACAACGUUUGCUUGGAGAUCACUCUAUGAGGAAUCAAGACUGGCUAGAUCAUCCUUUGAGCAUUAGACGGUUGUUGGGCGUUGGCGUCGUUGUGUCAGGGCAAGGGGAAACAUUGGCAGGGCAGGAACAUUAUACCGAAUACCAUGAUACAAGGCGUAGACUCUUGAUGCUACAACUCUUAGAUGUAGGUGGUGACACACUUGGAGGGCGCCACGCUGUCAAUUAUAUCGUUCGUGGCUGUCA